AUGGAGAAUGUGUAUAGACUACAGGAGGUUCAACACUGCUACAAGGAAGAAUCAUUUCUCCUGCCUUUCAUUGAUCAAAUGCUUGAGAGGGUAGCUGAGGGUAUUGUUCUUGGACACCGGAUUUCAAGUAAGGGGAUUGAGGUUGACAGAGCAAAGGUGGAGGCUCCAUGGUUUGCAGACAUUGCAAAUUAUAAAGCCAUGAAUUUCAUUCUAAAGGAGUACAACAGGCAACAAGUAACGAAGCUAUUGACGGAUGCAAAGUACUACAUUUGGGAGGAACCAUAUUUUUUUAAGAGGUGUUCAGAUGAUAUCAUCCGGAGAUGUGUCCCAGAUGAAGAAACACAGCAGAUUCUCUGGCACUGUCAUGGUUUAGAUUAUGGAGGCCACUUUGGUGGUGAAAGGACAACUACAAAGGUCUUUCAGAGCAGAUUCUACUGGCCAACUCUCUUCAGGGAUGCAAGAGCAUUUGUGAAGCACUGUGACAGAUGUGAAAAAGCCAUGAAUCUCCCUGCCAACCAUGAAAUACCACAGCAGGGGAUUCUUGAGACAAGUGGACAGGUUGAAGUUUUCAACAGGAAACUUAAGGGGAUUCUAGAAAAGACCAUCAGUGUUUCAAGAAAGGACUGGUCUAGGAAGCUUGAUGAUGCUCUCUGGGCAUACCGGACAGCGUACAAGACUCCCAUUGGCAUGUAUCAUUAUCAGUUGGUCUAUGGCAAAGCCUGUCACUUGCCAGUUGAGUUGGAGCAUAAAGCUUACUGGGCAAUCAGAUAUCUGAACCUUGAUUCAGAAACUGCAGGAAUUAAGCGAAUGCUCCAGUUAAAUGAGCUUGAUGAAUUCAGAUACUCAGCCUAUGAGAAUGCCAAGCUCUAUAAGGAGAGAACCAAGUUAUUAUAUGACAAGAAGAUUGCCAUUAGAGUCUUAGAGCCAGGACAGCGAGUGUUUCUGUAUAAUUCAAGGCUCAAAUUCUUUUCAGGAAAGCUGAAAUCCUAG